CUCAAGCAGGAAGUAAAUUGACUGUAAGCCCGACCUCAUCCUCAUGAUAAACACUCAUUUCAUUGAGAUUUGGUGUUUUUAAUGUGUGUUCAUGAUAUCAGAUGAGAAGAUGUCGAGCAGUGUUUUAUUCCAGAGCAGACUGAAGUCAGUGAUCGAGUGCGCUGUUUCAGAAAUCAUCCGACUGCAUGAAGAUGGAGUAAUGUUGAUGAGACUGGAGAUCACUCAAAGAGAUGCUGAGAUCACUCAGAGAGAUGCUGAGAUUACUCAAAGAGAUGCUGAGAUCUGUCAUAGAGAUGCCGAGAUCAGUCAGAGAGAUGCUGAGAUCAGUCAGAGAGAUGCUGAGAUCGAGAUGCUGAAGCUGAAACUCGUGUCAAUGGAGAGAAAGCUACACUGUGUCAAACAUAGAGGAUUUAUUCAGAGUUCAGAGUGCAGUGAUAGAGCUGUUCCAAAACUUCAGCUUGAUAGUACUACAGAAAACCAUCAGAGAGACACCGAUGUAGAAUCCAACACAGAAGAAACCUCCUGUACAGAACCACACACACAGAUCCAAUGUGCAGAUAGACAAGACCUGAACAAUGAGAAUGAGGAAGGACCACAGUUAGAGGCUGAGCAGAAGUUUCCGUCCGAAAUCACAGACCAUCACAGACCAGACCUGGACCAUCAGGACACCAAACGUGAUGUCAGUAUGAGAGACUCGCAGUCAUGGCCAUCUGAUAAUGGAGGAAAUACUGAGGAACCCACAGAAGAUCCACACUGCUCAUUUAUUCCUGUGGAAGAAAGUGCAGUCAGUGGACAAACCCUAAACGGUUUCGACUCCGUGAACCAGAGCGCAAUUGAACCGCUUUGGACUGACAGAAUAAACCUGGACUUGAUCCAGACACAGCAGCAGAAAGAUGUCAUAGCACCUCAAAGCUCAUCGUUUAAUGACCACCUGCACGAUAACGCAGACAGAUGCGUGUUUACCUUGAGCGGCUUCGGUACAGGUCCAAAGAGCUUUACUCACAGGAGAGACACGAGAGGAGUGAAAGAGAAGUGGUUCAUCUGCUCGUUCUGUGGCAAGAGUUUCGAUCGCUUCAGUCACCUUCAGAUGCAUCAGCGCAUUCACACAGGAGAGAAACCGUAUAGCUGCGCAACCUGCGGCAAAAACUUCUCACAGCAGAGCAACCUGCGCACGCACCAGAAGAUCCACCGCAAACCUCGGAUACUCAUGAAAGCAUCCUGACGGACAGAGGACAAAGAUGUCCUACCAUUGCAAGACUCGUUCUCUGACAGCUGUGCCUUUCCUUUAUGGUUUCCAAAAACAUAAACAGUGUUCAAUGAAUUGCGGUAUCUUUAAUGUAAUUUAACGUUUGUUUGCAUAAAAUGUCCCUGCCAUUAAAGGCCUUUUACAAACAUGGAAAAA